AUGAUAUCAGAAAGGAAAGUCAUAUUAAACAUUCACCCCACUCUCUCUCUCUUCCUCCAUUCUCCCUCUCUCUAUCUAUCCCAUUCUACGCUUAUCUAUCUAUCUAUCUAUCUAUCUAUCUAUCUAUCUAUCUAUCUAUCUAUCUAUCUAUCUAAUUCUACGCUUCAUCUAUCUAUCUAUCUAUCUAUCUAUCUAUCUAUCUAUCUAUCUAAUUCUACGCUUGUCUGCAUGUCUGCCUGCCUGCCUGCCUGUCUGUCUGUCUAUCUAUCUAUCUAUCUAUCUAUCUAUCUAUCUCUUUCUAAGCUUAUAUCUAUCUAUCUAUCUAUCUAUCUAUCUAUCUAUCUCUUUCUAAGCUUAUAUCUAUCUAUCUAUCUAUCUAUCUAUCUAUCUAUUUCAUUCUACGCUUGUCUCUUAUAUCUAUCUAUCUAUCUAUCUAUCUAUCUAUCUAUCUAUCUAUCUAUCUAUUUCUACGCACACAUACACAUAUAUAAAUCGGGAUACGUUUCUUUCUUUCUUUCUUUCUUUCUUUCUUUCUUUCUUUCUUUCUUUCUUUCUUUUCCCUUCCUUCACUCUAUAAUUUCUUCUUCCUUAAUAUCCUUUCUUUCUUAUUUUCCUUUCCUCUCCCUUGUUUUCUUCCUUCCUUUCUUUCUUUCUUUCUUUCUUUCUUUAUUUAUUUAUUUAUUUAUUUAUUUCUUUCUUUCUUUCUUUCUUUCUUUCUUUCUUUCUUUCUUUUCCUUCCUUCACUUCAUGAUAUUAUAUUCUAUUUUGUAUCGAGCACUUAUAAAAUAA